AUGGUAAUGAUGCGCUACGUGCUGUGUAUCCUCGCUCUCCUGCUCUCAUGUGCGUGUGUGCACGUCCUCGCUGAAGAAGUGCCUGCCGCCGAUCUUUCCGACCAAGUCCCUGAUACGGAGAGUGAGACGAAGAUUCUUCUUCAAGCUAUUCCUACUACUAAGAAUUGCACUAAUGGUACUAAACUUUCUGAAGAUCGUACGAAAUGUCUGGAAGAGCCCGAAGCUCCUCCUUCUUUGGGACCUGAGGCACCAAAAGAAGUUGUUCCUGAGAAAAAAGUACCUGUCACUCCUCCUAAAAAACCUGAAGUUCCUCCUGCCAAAGUACCUGAGGCACCAAAAGAGGUGGUUCCUUCUCAUACACGUGCGGAAGAAGAUCCUCUACGUGAGACCACACUACCCACUACGUCGACAUCCCCCGGUUCAGAACAAAAAGCGACGGACGGUGAACCAGCAGUGACACAACCCAGUGAAUCUGAGAGUGGUGAAUCACAUCCUGGUAGGAUUUCAGACAGUACGUCGACAACAGAAAGACAAGGAGAAGAGUCUACUACAGAUAAACAAAGUAACGAAGAGGUGUCGAGUAACACAACAGUUAACAGUACAACUGCCGACUCUAAUGCUACCCAGCGAUCUCCUGAAGCUGCAGGUGCUGCUGCCGCACCAGACUCACAAGAAACCAAUUCCACUACUCCACCAAGUCCCGAGAACACUACUACAGAAGCACCAACCACCACUCCAUCUCCUGUUCCUGUACCCAACGCAGAGAUCAACACUAUUGCUUCCACUGUAACGAACAAGGCUAAUGUUGACAGCAGUAUCAGUCCUGUGUGGAUGCGCACUGCAGCACCGCUGAUGAUUCUGGUUGUGUUGUUCUCCGCUACCGUGUACUGA